ACAACGUAAAAACGCAGUGUGCGGUGCUCUUGGCGCAUUAGGGCGUGGUACUUACAUCCGGCCGGCUGCUGCUAAGAGACGUACGAAUUUGAGGAGAUCGGCAGACAAUCUAAACUUCAUCAUGUCCAACUCAAACCCUUCAUUUCACGCCGGGGAUGGAGACAAGGGAGUUAAUCUGGAUGGAAAAGAUGGCCCGCCGCCCUCCUAUGAUGCAGAGGCCGGCAAAGGUGCUCCUCCUACUUAUAAAUCUAUCAUGGAUCAGAUUAAGGAAGCGCAGUCUACGUCAUCCAAUCCUGCGCUCUUCGCUGGCAAGUCAACCAAUAUCGUAUGCAAAUCAGCUGCUGUUACGAUCUCCAUGCUGGUGUCGCUUGCUCUACCGAUAGCGAUGAUCGUGAUGGCUUCAGUCUACGGCAGUGCCUGCCCUGCCGAACGCAUGAUCCCCAUCUACUUGAAUGUUGCUGGAUCCGUCUCUAUUUCCAAAUUAUUAUGUGAUCUUAUCGGAAGGGCUUCCCGCCAACACUAUGUCGGCCGUGGUGACUGUACGGAGGAAGAAUAUGACAAACAAAAGUGCACUAUAUUCUGGAAUUGGUACAGCCGAAUCCUGGGGCUAUUUCUCUUCGCGUGGUUCAUCGCAGGUAAUGUGUGGGUCUACCGUCUCUACGCACCCAGUAAUGAUCCUCUGAGCUCCAACUACUGCGCCGCACCGCUGUACUAUUUUGCUUUCUGGCAGAUUACUGCUACCUACAUCUUCAUAGCAGUGUGUUUGUGUUGCGUGUCCACCUGCUGCUUGAUUGCUUGUUGCGCUUGCUGUAAAAUGGGAGCUAACAUGGCCGAGGCCAAACAAGAUGGCGGAUAUGGAUCCGCAGGUCCUUAAGAAUGAUCAGUCGUGUAGCGACUUGAAGACGGGUUGGUCUAGUAUGGAGGCAUCCGGUGAAUGAAGUACAUAUGAAUAAAUGAACAAUUUGAAAUGUAUUUCAAAAAUGAUACAUAUCCCACAUUCCCCUAGCGGAUCCCCCCCCCCCAAAAGAAAUCCUUAAUUUUUCAGGAAAAAAUUGUUUUCCAAAUGUUAAAUAAAUAACGAAAAAUACUCCAGCCCCCUCCCCCCCCCAAAUAACCUUUUAGUUCUGUAUGGAUCCGCCCUUGUUUUCCCGUAUACCUUUUCCCCGUCCCACUCCCAGGAAAAAAACACAUUUUUUUGUAUGCUAGUCUAGCCUCAUGACAUCGAUUAUUUGUAACUCUGUUAUCUUUGAGAGUCAUCGUAUUUAUGAUCACUUCCAUUGGAGAGGCCGGAGCCGAAGGAUAAUCAUUUCAGUGUUUUAUACCCGAUGUCUCUUAAAACCUAGGCCAAAAUGUAUUAGAAAAGCUUUUCGUUACCCAUUUUAGGCGAAACUUUCAAUUAUUUAAUUUACAUCUAACUAACAUUCUUUAAAUAAGUUCAUCUGGAUUGUUGGUAAAACAAGAGUUUAGAGAUUCGUUUUUUUUCCACGCCCACAACGCCCUCUAUGACGACCAAGAAAGGGUAUAAAAGGCAGUAGGACGAAGCUCCUAGUUUAGGAGUGAAACGUAACUACUACAAAUCGUGAGUAACAUCUUCACGUUUUGGCAUUGGAAAAAACGAAUCUCCUGAAUCUUGUAAUUAACUUUUUUUUAUGUACACGAACGCUUCUCUUUAAUUUAUGUCGUAGUUAAGAUUUAACCUUUUAAUAGCCUUACAUGCUUAUAAUAUUAUCUGCUUUUUAUCAAGGAAACCAAUUGUGCAUGGUGUCCUCAAGUUGAGGUAUAGAUAUAGUGGCCAUUAGUUAAUAGUGUUAACAAUUUUUGUACAUUGUAGUUCAAAUAGUGCUUUGCUGUUUUGAUAAUGUUGCAUGUGGUAUUAUAUGUGUGGUAGGGUAGACCUUGCAAAUGAGAAAUGCAUUAUAUCCAUAUUCAAACUCAAUGUGUGGCAAUCUUUUAAAAAUAAAACUAUGAAGUACUAAGCGCAA